AUGGCUGUCACACUACAGUUUCUCUACAUUAUCGACCUGGAUGCAAGCAGUCAAGUGUUGAGAGCAUACAUGGUAAUGGAUCUCGUUUGGCAAGAUCCUCGUCUUGUAUGGGAACCCGAAGAGUUUGAUGGACGUUCUGCAAUCGUUGUUCAAUGCGAUUCUCUUUGGAUUCCGGAUGAUUUCGUGAUGAAUGCAAUCGCAAUCGAUCAGGUUGCUCCCGAGCGUUUUCAGCAAUGCAGAAUCUAUUCGAAUGGAACAGUCAAAUUUUCCAAUGACUACAAUGCGGAUUUGACAUGGAAUCAACGAGCAGAUUUAGAUGCUCAAGAUGGGAGUGUUCGUGUUGACCGAAUUCGGCAAUCGUGGUGGACGUCAUUUUUGCAAGAUCGAGGACAAAGAACGCUAUGGAACAUUCAACCAUGUGGUGAUGACGCUCGUUGGGAAAUCGCUCCGAGAUCUGAGCAAAGAGCGAUCCGGUCAACACAUGUCGCUCGGCACGGCUAUCGGUUGUGGAAUUCAAGCACU